AUGCCCUUUCUGCACCCGCAGGCCCGCAACGCCAGCACGGCUGCCCCGCAGCAGGCCAGCCCGUUCCUUGCCUCGCGCCUUGCGGCGUACGGCGCCACGGGCCUGUCGGUCGGCACGCUUGCUUGGUACACGCACGUCUUUGGCGGCGGCCUGCCCGGCCUCAGCAGCGUGAGCGCCAACAUGAUCGACAACGGCCUGCACCCGCCAGCCUACCCGUGGAGCCACGCCGGCGUGUUCGAGACGUUUGACCACGCCAGCAUCCGCCGCGGCUACCAGGUGUACCGCGAGGUGUGCGCUGCGUGCCACUCGCUUGACCGCAUCGCCUGGCGCAACCUUGUCGGUGUCUCGCACACUGUCGACGAGGUGAAGGCCAUGGCCGAGGAGGUCGAGUACGAGGGCGAGCCCAACGACGAGGGCGAGGUUGGCAUGCGCCCUGGCAAGCUUGCCGACCCCAUGCCCGCGCCUUACCCCAACGAGGAGGCUGCUCGCGCCGGCAACAACGGCGGUCUGCCCCCGGACCUGAGCCUGAUCACCAAGGCCCGCCACGGUGGCGCUGACUACAUCUUCGCUCUGCUGACCGGCUACGUGGACCCGCCGGCGGGCUUCGAGGUGCCGGACGGCCUGAACUUCAACCCCUACUUCCCGGGCACCAAGAUUGCCAUGGCCCGUGUGCUCUACGACGGCCUGGUCGAGUACGAGGACGGCACGCCGGCCACCACGACGCAGAUGGCGAAGGACGUCGUCACGUUCCUCAACUGGUCGUCCGAGCCGGAGCACGACGAGCGGAAGCGGAUGGGCGCCCAGGCCACGGUCAUUCUCACUUCCCUCUUUGCGCUGUCGAUCUGGGUCAAGCGCUUCAAGUGGGCAGGUGUCAAGAACCGGAAGAUCCUCUACACGCCGCCUCCGUCGCACUAA